GUCCCCGUCUGCUUUUGCAACAGCCUCAUUGGCGGGGCGUGCACGCGCGCCGGGAAUGCCCGGCUCGUGCCCGCGGCCGCGCCGGUGCCCCUGACGUUCCCGCAUGAAAAUGAGGCUGUCAGCUCCUCAAAUUCUCAGUCCAAACGCGUCUUAUCAAAGAAACACCGAGGAUCGAAACAUAUCAUUAUGGGCACUGUUUGUUUUUCAUGGCACUUCUGUUUGUUUUUCGUCCUGUUAAAUACUUGCCGUUCCUUGGUAACUAGUGGGCUUGUAGAUCUCGAUGAGUGCGCUGUAGGGACCGAUGAUUGUCACAUCGAUGCCAUCUGCCAAAAUACUCCCAAGUCCUACAAAUGCAUCUGCAAGCCUGGCUACAAAGGAGACGGGAAACAAUGUGAAGACGUCGAUGAAUGCGACAAUGACUACAACGGUGGCUGCGUUCACGAAUGCAUCAACAUCCCCGGCAACUACAGGUGCACGUGUUACGAUGGCUUCAUGUUGGCGCACGACGGUCACAAUUGCAUGGACGUGAACGAAUGUGAUGACAAUAACGGGGGCUGCCAACAUAUCUGUGUUAACACCAUGGGCAGCUAUGAGUGUCAGUGUAAAGUGGGAUUCUUCCUGAGUGAUAACCAACACACCUGCAUACAUCGUUCAAAUGAGGGGAUGAACUGCAUGAACAAGGAUCACGGGUGCGCGCACAUCUGCCGAGAGACUCCCAAGGGUGGUGUGGCCUGUGAAUGCAGGCCUGGCUUUGAACUCGCCAAAAACCAGAGGGACUGCACAUUAACCUGUAACUACGGAAACGGGGGCUGCCAACAUACGUGCGAUGACCUGGACAGCGGACCCGUGUGCGGCUGCCACCAGAAGUACGCCCUUCACUCUGAUGGGAAGACGUGCAUCGAGGAGGAUGAGGCUGCAAUUGAGAGCUCAGAGUUCAAUACCAUGUCAGUAACUGAUGUGGACAAGCGGGUGAAACGGCGACUACAUAUGGAAACGUGCGCUGUGAACAAUGGAGGCUGCGACCGUACGUGCAAAGAUACCGCCACGGGGGUCCGGUGUAGCUGUCCGGUUGGAUUCACCCUGCAACCCGAUGGGAAAACGUGCAAAGAUAUUGAUGAGUGUUUAAUAAACAACGGGGGUUGUGACCAAUUCUGCAGAAACACAGUUGGCAGCUUUGAGUGCAGCUGUCGGAAAGGCCACAAGCUCCUGACAGAUGAACGAUCUUGCCAAGAUAUCGAUGAGUGUUCCUUCGAAAGAACCUGUGACCACAUAUGCAUCAACUACCCAGGAAGCUACGAAUGCCUGUGUCAAAAAGGCUAUACUUUGUACGGACUAACCCAUUGUGGAGAUAUCGAUGAAUGCAGCAUCAAUAAUGGCAGCUGUGAUUUUGGUUGUCUGAACACAAUGGGAAGUUAUGAGUGUGUUUGCCCUCCUGGGAAGAAGCUGCAUUGGAACAAGAAAGAUUGUGCUGAGACGGUGAAAUGUUUCCGGAACGCAAAGGCGGCGCGGAAAGUCCAGCUGAUCUGCAGUAAGAGCGGAGGAGUCGAGAGCUGCUCCCUGUCUUGCCCGUCGAAAGCACUCUUUGUGGCAGAUUCUGAAAACAGCUACUCUUUCAGCUGCGGUGUUCCGUUGCAGCCGACCAAAUCUGCACAGAAGCGAAAUGCAACUCUGCCCAGCUGUGCAGAUCCUUUGGCACCUCCAAUAAAGCAAAAAGCUCGAUUCAAGAUCAAAGAUGCCAAAUGCCAUCUUCGUCCACGAAUUAAGGAACGGAUUAAGGAUAGUUUGAAGCAAAGCAUAUCAGGAGGACAUUUCCCGUGCACGGACAACUGCCACGUGACUUUUGUCAACCUGAAGUGCGAUUCUUCCAAGAAGAGACGGCGGGGACGCAAGUCACCGUCCAAGGAGGUGUCGCACAUCACGGCCGAAUUCGAGGUGGAGAUGAAGUCCGAGCAGGUGACAGACUCCUGCAACAUGGAAUGCGUGCGCAAGAGGAUGGAGCAAAAGCUGCAGACUGCAAUCAAAACACUAAGGAAGUCAAUCAACAAGCAGCAAUUUUACAUUCAGUUCUCCGGGACAGAAUACGAAGUCGCUCAGAAACCGGCGAAGAUGCACGAGAACCAAGCGGUGUGCAGCACGGGGCAGGUGCUGCAGGAUGGCAAAUGCAUCAGCUGUGAAGCCGGACGUUACUACAGUGGAGAGGUGAACCAGUGCCUGCCGUGUGCACCGGGCACCUACCAGGACAUGAAGGGGCAGCUGUCCUGCGAACCUUGUCCCAGCAACGACGGGCAAGGCAUGGCCGGAGCUCACAACAUGUCAGAGUGCGGAGGCCAGUGCUCGGCGGGACAUUUCUCCUUGGACGGGUUUCGCCCGUGUCGUUCGUGCCCGAUCGGCACCUUCCAGCCCGAGGCCGGACGCACCCAGUGCUUCUACUGCGGCGGCGGGUUGCUGACCAAGUACGAGGGCGCCGUCUCCUUCCAAGAUUGCGAAACGAGAGUUCAUUGCUCCCCUGGUCACUAUUACAACUCCACCACACACAGAUGCAUAAGAUGCCUAGUUGCAACUUAUCAGCCAGAGUUUGGCCAGAAUUACUGCAUUACCUGUCCUGGAAACACCACCACGGAUGUUGACGGCUCCACCAACGUUACCCAGUGUAAAAACCAGCAGUGCGGCGGAGAUCUCGGCGACUACAUGGGCUUCAUUGAAUCACCAAACUAUCCUGGAGAUUAUCCCUCGAACGUGGAGUGCGUUUGGAACAUAAACCCUCCACCAAAGAGAAGGAUCCUGAUUGUGGUGCCAGAGAUAUUCUUACCGAUGGAAGACGAGUGCGGAGACGUGUUAGUGAUGAGAAAGAGUUCCUCACCAACAUCCGUCACCACCUAUGAAACGUGCCAGACCUACGAACGGCCGAUUGCAUUCACCUCAAGGUCUCGUAAACUAUGGAUUCAGUUCAAAGCCAACGAAGGGAACAGUGCCAAAGGAUUUCAAGUUCCAUACGUCACGUACGAUGAGGACUACCAGCAGCUAAUAGAAGACAUAGUCAGGGACGGACGGUUGUACGCUUCGGAGAAUCACCAAGAAAUCCUUAAAGACAAGAAGUUAAUCAAAGCGCUCUUUGACGUGUUGGCUCACCCACAAAACUACUUCAAAUACACGGCGCAAGAAUCAAAGGAAAUGUUCCCCAGAUCAUUUAUAAAGUUGCUGCGGUCCAAGGUUUCCAGGUUUUUGAGGCCUUACAAGUAGGUUUGCUGCCAAAGAUGUCUCACGUGUUGUUUCUAUUGCAAUCUGGAGAAAGAGAGGCAUCUCUUCCUGCACCACUGUUGUCCCACUUUCUCCUUACAGCUCAAGCCUCUGUUUAACGGUCCUCAGUUUUAAUUUUGAAUGUCGUUUCCAUUCUUCCUUCUACUAAACCGUGCACCUACUUUUGUUCGGUAUUCGUUUGGAAAGUAGAAAUAACUUUUUUCUGCGCAUGUAUCUUUGGCUGUAAAUGUGUGCACUGCAGGUGGUUCACAUGUUCGAAGAACAUUUGAUUUUAACACACGGCGACUGUUGACAUGGUUUCAUUUUUAAUCUCCUCGACAGGAAUGAAAAAAAAAUAGAUCCAAUAGGACAAAAAAAAAUUCUGACAACAUGUUGGAAAGUAGCAAGGAAAAGAAUUGGCAACUACCUGCGAAAAAAGUAUCAAAAUGAUACACAGCAGAAAUAAAA